AUGUCUCUCGAUAUGGCAUCUCCUGCAAUUGACAAUGAGAAGCAUCUUGGUUCGCAGAACCAGGAUGAGCAGAACCUGGAGCGCCAUGGCUAUGUCCAGCAGACAAAGCGCAACUUCUCUCUUACUGCCAUGGUUGCGACAUGUGUCAACUUGAUGGCAACAUGGGAAGCAUUAUCUAGUACACUUGCUGCUGGGCUUGUCAGCGGAGGGGCAGUAUCCCUUGUUUACGGCGUUAUCGUGGCCUUUUUCGGAUCACUCUGUUCUGCAAGUUCCUUAGCUGAACUGGCUUCCAGCUAUCCUACCGCUGGUGGACAAUACCACUUCGUAGCCAAGCUGAGUCCGAAAACGAGCCGACCCUUGACCAGCUGGCUCGCUGGAUAUAUCUCAACGCUAGGCUGGAUAGCCUCUGCUGGCAGUGCCCCUUUUCUUGCCGGAACACAGAUCCAAGGCCUCCUCGUCCUCAACUAUCCCGAUUCCUACGUCUUCCAAAGAUGGCAUGGCACGCUACUCUUCUGGGCCGUCCUUCUCGGCUCUGCUUGCAUUUGUAUCUUCUGCAGUAACAAGCUGCCGCUCAUCGAGAAGCUGACUCUCGUGCUACACGUCACCUUUUUCAUCGCAAUCAUAGUCACCAUGGCCGUGACUUCACCGACCAAGCACUCGGCCGAAUGGGUCUUUUCCCACUUCGAGAACAAUUCUGGAUGGGGUAACGAUGCCGUGGCUUGGAGUAUAGGACUUCUUAGCUCUUGCUAUGUUCUUAUCGGCUAUGAUGGUGCCACUCAUCUUAGCGAGGAGAUGAACAAUGCUGAGAUGGGCGUACCAAGGGCUAUGGUUGGUUGUCUCUUGGUCAACGGUCCUUUGGGUUUUGCCUUCCUCCUUAUAAUUCUCUUCUUCAUGGGAGACAUUUCGGCGGCUUUGGCUACACCUACAGGGUUUCCUAUUAUCGAGAUUUUCCUUCACAUGACCGGUAGCGUUGCGGCUGCUACUACCAUGACCGCUAUGAUUACUGUUAUGGCAUGCUUGUCAACAGUUCCUCUCCUCACAGCGGCGGCUCGCAUCAUGUGGGCGUUUGCUAGAGACGGUGGUCUCCCAUUUGCUGAGCGUAUUGCCAGCGUUGACAAACGUCGACAAAUCCCCACCGUAUCCAUUGUCGUCGUCAGCUUCCUGCUUAUGCUGUUGAGUCUCAUCAACAUUGGUUCUACGACAGCUUUCAAUGCCAUCCUAUCCCUUGCGGUCGUCAGUCUACAGGCCUCAUACCUUCUGCCCAUCAUUCUGUUAAUCUGGCGGCGCUUAUUCCGCCCGGAUACUCUGCGCUGGGGUCCUUGGAGACUCGGUAAAGCAGGCCUACCCAUCAACAUCAUUGCGGUGAUUUAUCUCAUGUAUACCUGCAUCUUCCUUCUUUUCCCUCCUUAUCAGCCGAUCACCCCGGUGAACAUGAACUAUGCACCUGUUGUAUUGGGUGGUGCUCUGGUGUUUGGCUGCAUUUAUUGGCCUCUGAGGAAGCUGAAAUGCGAUGAAGCAGAGCCUGCUUGUACUCGUUGCGUCAAAUCCAAUCUGUUAUGUCCUGGCUAUAAACGUCCAGUAAAAUGGUCGACCAAAUACGAGAUUGACUAUGGCAUCCAUUCAUAUGCUGGCCCUGGCUCAGGGCCCUCGUCUGGCAUUGGCAAUUCACCAUCUUCUCCAUUUGAGACCGAGAAUGUCCUUGUACUGUACUCUCCCCAGGAGGAAUCUUCCAAACUCUUAACACACUAUUUCGCAUCAGCAUGUCAGGUCCUGUCAUCUUUUGACUCGCCCAAAAACCCUUACCGCUCAGAUCUGCUUGAGUUUAUUCGAAACUCCCCCAUUGUGUUCAAUAGUGCCUUGAGUGCAUCGGCCGCCCAUCUAAGCCAGCAAGAGCGAGACACAUCUUUGAUACCUUUGACCUUCCAGACGGAAGCUAUUUCACAUAUAUCGAGGGAGCUCGCCGAAAUACACAGAUUGAUUCCUCUUACCGCCUCAACGGCACCAACGAUAAAGGAUGACUUGAUGUUGGGUAUAACUCUCAUUGGCAUGACCUCUAGCUGGCAUGAUCCUUCUUCCCUCGGCCUGUGCCAUUUUCAUGGUGCUCGAAAAGUGUUCAGGAUUUGGAUCAGCCAAUUCAACCUCACGGACCUUCAGUUUCCGUCUCACCGUGUCCAACGCUUAAUCGUUUCAUCAAUGGUCUAUUGGGAAGUGAUGGCCUCUUGCUUGAUUGAUCAAGAGAUUAGCGCACUCUCAUAUCUCGACGUGUUCUCCGUUCUGCCACCUUCGACCUUUUGUUAUCCGUGUCCAUGGACCGGAGUCGGCACGAAUAUUUUGAUCAGUCUCGCUAAAUGCAUGACAUUGGUACGGCAGAAACGACGUCUGAUUUCAUACAAUUAUUCAAGAGAGGAUGAUAUAGAUAUAUCAAGCCGCACCAUCGAUUUACUCAGUCAAGCUUUCACUCUAAGCCUGGACAUAGACCACUGCCAAAUACCAACUCCUGCAACGGUACAGAGUACGGGCGACUUGAGGACUCCGUCAGAUCAUCUCUGUAAGAUAGCUAAGUGCUAUCAACUGGUUGGUCGCCUUGAGCUUGAUCGGGCAUUCCCCGAAGUCGCACAAUGCAUACAGGAUGGCCAAAACCAAGGCAAAAUACUCUCACGGCAUAUUUUAGAGCUUGCAGUGAAGAUAUUAGAGAUUAUGAACACGAUUCCCCAGGACUCCCGGACCAUUGCCAUUCAGACCAUUAUAUUCCUAGCAGCGGGAAGUGCACUUGGAUCAACUUCAAACACAAACACAAACAUCAAAGUGUUAGUGGCAAACUGGAGGAGAUUUGUACUUGAGAGGUUGCGCAGGUCAUUCUUGUCUCUCAAACUUCAGACGAUUAAUUGGGCAGCCGCUGUGCUUCAGAGGGUCUGGGCACAGAUGGACUCAGUGGCCAUGGACGGGCCUGAUUCCACUUCUUAUGGUAGGAGUCCAAUUUUACGCGUGCAUUGGAUUGAUGUUAUGACAGAAGCUAGACUGGAGACUAUUCUAGGAUAUUCGCUUCACGCUUAUGCUCAUGCAGUAUCGCGGAAGUCCGAGAAAGCAGUUACACAUAUGAAUCUCGGAGAGUCGGACAAUGGAUAUGCAUUAUAA